AUGAACCUUUUGGAUGAACAACCUAAUGAGAUGAAGGCUGCAGGUGUGCUAAAGACAAGAACGAAGCAAUUUUAUAAACCAAUUAAUAAGAAGAAAAAGAUUAUUGAAGUUAUUGUACUUGGUAAUCCUGAUGAUGAUGAAGCAACUAACACGAAGCACAUGGAUUUGUCUAAAGGACAAUCUACACAAUAUUCUUUUCAUGUGAAUGCUGACGAUACCGAUCAUAUGAUCAAUGAUUCAUUCGUCAAUAAUACUCCACCAAGUUCACCAAUAAAGGAUGCCACUGUCAAUAAUGCAUUCGUCAAUAAUAUUCCAUCAGUUAGUAUACUUGGUAACCUGCAUGUAACUAUGCACACAUCUGAUGUGGACUCAAAAAUCCCAACCGAUAACACAACUCUCAACUCUAGUGAAACACCUUCGUAA